AACUGGACUUCUGUGUUCACAGCUUUUAACCAAAAAAAUAAAAACAGUCACAUCAACGGAAAAAUUGGACGUGAGUCACUUAAGCCUGCAAUUGUGAACGCAGUCGUUUUUUGGUGGAGGGAAGGAAAAGUAGAAAACUUGCAGCCAAAGUCUGCGGUGCAUCCUGGGAAACCAAAUUAACAUGGGUAUGUGAAACCAUGCAGGGCUUUCACGGAUCCAUAUGACGGGAGAUGAACAAAAAUUAACGGAGAAGCUCAGAGGGAGCGAAAAGGGGGGGCAGAUUUUUAUCAGAUAAAUCGCAGUCUUAAGGUGGCUUUUGCCGAACUACUCCUGCUGCUGCUGCGACAACGGGACUGACUGACUGACUACUCUGCUCGCUUGCUCGGUGGCUAGAACCCGGACCCUGCUACGAUGUGUGCCCGCUGCUCCACGAAGCUCCGUCGUGGAAGUGGAUCUUUCACCGGAUGAUGGACAGGACGUACCCGACUUCCAGCUUCGCGGACUCGCUGGCUCCACCAGCACAGACCGUCGCUUCUUGGGCCUAUGACCGCAGCACAGCUAGUAUCAAACCAAGUCCCAGUUAUGGUGCAGCACAUCUUGAUACAGAGGUUCUCCAGCGGCAAAGCUACACCUCCACCCACCAGCUUCCCACCUACACUACAUCACACCCUCCUGCUGCAGCAGGAACACUUGACUCAAACAGCAACAGUUCUGAGACCUCAAUCAUGAGCUUCCUGUCAGCCAUGGAAUCCAGAAGCCUUCAGGCUGGUCCUGUUAGUGCUUCGCUGCUCUCACCGUUCAGACCACCUUCAUGGCCUGCUGGUACAAACUCCUCCACCACAGAGCUGUACUUGACUGGUGCCCUGCCUUCUGCUGCCACUUUCCCCUCUCCUGCUUCUCUGUCGACCUAUCAGCACACUGGUGCCUACCCCCCAAGGAGUUAUGCUACCAACCCUUCCUUGGCUCUCCAGGAUCCAGCCUUCAGCACUUCCACCAAUGGCCUGUUUUCUCACCAUGACCCUCUCCUGCAUCUCAAAUCUAAUCAGACUGUGCUUCCCACUGCCCUGGCCUUCAAUCAUUUGUCUGCCCCUGUUUUGGGCUCCACUUUGCCUGUCCAGUCCUCCACUUACCGCUCAGCCCAGGAGUCUGCCCCCCAUCUCCUUCAACCACAGUUCAGUCUGCUCCCUUCUACCUUGCCUGCCCCUCAUGGUGCCCCGCAGCCCUACGCAGCGACAGUAUUUUCAGGCUCUAUUGAAAGAGCUCUUCAACGUGAAUGUAGUGUGAUCAAACACCACCAGAGGCCUUCUAGUAGCCACGCAGCCUCAGAGCAGAUGCCCAAUUCAGAGCACUCCUUACCUGGGUACUUUGGCUCUGGCAGUGAAGCUGAUGUGUCCUACCAACAGGACCCUUCCCAUCAGACUCCAGUGUCUUGUAGCCCUUCCACAGGAAUAGAUUCAUCUCAAGGGGUCAAUGGUGCUCCACAACCCAAAACAGACUCAGUUACUCAAACAUAUUCGACCACUUCAGUGCCAAAGGCGAAAGACUGCCCUGCCAAACUACCUCCACAUCCAUCUGGGGGUGAAGAGAGUGGCAGUCACACUCAGAUCCUAACAGGAGCGUCUCCUGAGCGGUAUUCCUCCCCACAACAGAAUCAUAAUUCAGUGAUUUCUAAUCAGCACUCCCUCCACCUGCCUAGCCUAAUGUCCAGCAGUCUGUCCCAAACGUAUGUCACUCCUCACACACAGUCUUCACCCUCUAGUUCCACCCCAGACAAGCUGUCGUCCCUUUAUAAGUCUCUGCCUCCUCUCUCUAGCCAGUCAGCGACUGUUAGUCAAACUCUUGUCUACUCCACCAGCUCCGGCCUGAGCCAGGAGCAAGAGGUCCAGUACAGAGCCCAAGUCCAGGGCUUGUGUCAGGGGAAUCUCUCUAACAGUUACCCCACAUCCCACUCUCAGGGUCCUCCACAUGUGACAUUUACGUCUCAAUCACAGGGGCAAACCUCUGUGACUCAAUCUCAGAGCUAUGCCACAGGACAAUCCCUUAACCAAUCCCUCAACUCUGCUUACCCACCCACAUGUGUUCGGAGUUUGCCUGCAUCCAAUUCUGCACAGAACUACAACCUCAUGCAAGCCCCAGUGGGAGGUAAAACACAUGAUGCACUGCAACAGACACAGGCCCAAAAAUAUGUUUUCCCUGCACCACAGCCUACCUACUCUUCAGCUGCUCAAGCCUUACGAAACAAUGCCAGAUCCUCAAUACAGGACAUAAAGCCAACAUAUAGCAAACACAAACUAGAGGAGCUUCCCAUGCAGGACCUAGAGGCUCUCCAGCAGGCGUCCAUGGAGGCCUCUGCGGCAGAUAAUAACUUGGCAUCACACAAUGUCAUCUAUGUUGUUUCGAAAAUGGAAGAGCAUCACAAAACGCAAAGUGUUAUCCGAAGCAAUUCGCGUUCUGAUGACCACCUCAUGGGGCUGGCUCAUACACAGACAGAACAGGUGAAGGAUGAAAGAAUGGGUUUGCUGAGCCAACAGCAUAUUCAUCUAAGCGGUGCUAAUGGUCUGGAUAUUGCAAGCAUAAAACCGGCAAACUCCAAUAUUAUAUCUUCACAUGUACCUCUGAGCUCAGAGCAGCUCAAGCAGCACCAUCUCCAGCUCAAGUCUCCUGAGCCGCAUCAACAGAACCACCAGAAUCACAGUCAGUCCCAGAGCCAGACCCCGGUACCCCACACUCAGUUUAUCACCGUCCCGAGCACUCAGGUUCUCCUUGAGCCCAAUCAGAUGAUUCUGCUUCAGCAGCCCAUUAUCCACCAUGGUCAAAACCCUUCAAAGGUGGUGUCGGUGCAAAGUAGUCAACCGCCACAAGGUCUGGGCCCUGCUAAUGUCCAAUACCUUCAGAUGGAUCGGGAACUGCUUGGUCCCACUGUAACUGAGACCCACAGUCAGCAUGGUGCAGUGGUGUCUGAACAGAGCUCAGGAUGCGCGGAUUCUUCCAAACACCAUUACAGCCACUCGGCAAAUCAGCAGUCAAAUGAUGCCAAGAACCACUUCGCUCUCAACUCCAUUUGCUUCCCCGAAUCCAUGCUUCUUGCAGACGACAGAAACAUUUUGUCAAAUGUCGAUGACAUUCUGGCGGCCACGGUCGCGGCCUGUGGCGUGACACCGCAAGACUUUGUCAAAGCUACAUCUUCUGCCGAGGCUGAAAUGGCUGUGAUGGCAAGUCCUGUGGAUUCUAAAGGGCGCUUCCAAACUGUGGAUAUAAGCAACAUCUCGCCCAACUUCUCCUCUCCACAGCAAAUCAUCACCAACACCAACUCCCACACGUUAGUCAUGACACUAAAUGGACCUCAGAUGGCCACAGACCAUCAGGGUCAGUCUGUCCACCACAGCAGCAGUUCUGAAAUCAACACAAAUGGAGAUGGAGGACGCUCUGAGAAUGAUUAUCACUUAGCUGGGCAGGUGUAUGACCACUCAGGUCUACAGAGCAGAGGCAAAGUGAAUGCCAAGUGUAUUAAAACAGAGGACAGCCUUAUGGAGUGCCCUGAUGGAGAAGACUUUCCCAAAAAAAAGGUUCGCUCCAAGUCCUUGACCAAACCUGGUGGUAUUGAGGAGGACGGUGGGCAGGCCAGAGCGGCCAAGCGCGGCACGCAAGUAAAACGGCUAAACUCCAGGGGUAGUGACGUCGGCUCGCCAUCUGCUUCACACGGUGUAUAUGAUGGUUGUCCACAGCAAGAGAGAAUGAGGCAGAAGAUCCGUGAAGUGGAAGAGAAACAGCCAGAGGUCAAAACCGGCUUCAUGGGCUCCUUCCUAGACUUCAUCAAAUCUGGCCCCAAACAGCAGUACUCUCCAAGUCCCACACGAACUAUCAAUCGACCCAAGAAGCUGAUCAGCCCGUCCAGACCUCCGCCGUGUCCUUUACCAUCUUUGCCGCCCAAACUUCAGACUCUGCCAGGGCCCUUGAUUUCCCAGGAGUGUCCGGGAGUGAGUUCUCAGCACAAACGUCUGGAUGAAGAUCUGCAAAAGAACUUGGAGACGCUGCCGACAUUCAGCUCAGAUGAAGAGGAGAACACUGGGAAGAACCAGGCCCUGAGGAACAGCAUCAGCUCAGCUCUCUCAGCUCUGGACGAGGCUUCAGAAAGGAAAACCAGAACAGAUAACCCAAUCCCUGGUUUGAUGAUGAAACAAGACCAAGUUGCCAACGUGCCACAUGCUGUCAAAGAGACGUGUUUCCCACAGGUGAUCAAUAAUCCACAAACAACAGCGACAGCCACGGUCACGGGAGGCUCUGUGUUUGCUUCCAAAGACAACUCCAAAGAGAUCGCGCUAGGCCAGAUGGCUAUGCAGCUGAUGAGUGUGGCUAUCGAGGGACUGACUGACGAGGAGCUGUCUGACAGCGGAGGGGAGGGAAUGUACCGGGAGAGGGACGAGUUUGUUGUCAGGAAUGAGGACAUUGAAAACUUAAAGGUGACCAUGAGGACAGGGAUUGAGCCUCCGGCCAUCUGGAAAGUCCAGAAGGCUCUGCUGCAGAAAUUUGUGCCUGAAAUCAGAGAUGGAAAGAGAGUCUUCUCAGCCACAAACAGUUAUCUUGGAUACUUUGGUGAUGCGAAGACCAUGUACCAUCGGGUUUACGUGAAGUUCUUGGACACUGUCAACAAAAGGGAGUAUGUACGAGUUUGUAGUCGGAAGCCACGUUGCAAGCCCAUGAACUCACUAAGGGGGGUUCAGGUGAAGACUUUGCUGGGUUUGACAGCCAACCCCUCGUCCGUCGCCCCGAGUCAAAAGCCCCGACCCAAACACCUGAAGACGAGGGCUGAGCCGCCACCCAAGAAGAGGAGGAAAUGGAAGGAGGAGUUCUCACCGACCGCCUCAGGAUCAUCUGCAGAGGAAGGUGGUGAAGAAAGUGAUUUAAACCCUUCUGGGCCGUCUGCUUCGCGGUUCCUCAACACGCGGACCAUGAAGGAGACGUUCAAGAGUUUUGUGGAACUGCUCAUCAGUGUUGCCUUAGAUGAAGAUGUGAUGACGGCACUUGAGAGGGCAAACGAUGAGUUGCUGCUACCACAUAUGAAACGAGUGGACGGGAUGAUCACUGACAACCGGAAGCGUCUGCUUCACAAACUGCACAUUGGUCAAGUCCUAAAGACGGCUUUAGACAGCUUCCCAGAGAUCUCGGUGGUCACUGAACUGAAGAAGGACGGAGAGACGCCAGCCUUCAAGGUGCGUCUCAGUGGGAAGGCCUACAACAAGAAGACCAUGAAGCCCUACAAGAUGAACGACAAAGUGCCACAAGAGUACACAGUGGACCAGCAGAAAACUCAGUGGUUCUCUCUGUACCACUCUUUGCAGCAUUACAAGUACCACACAUACCUCAUGUGUAAGGACGAGAUCGCAUCUCUCCGUGUGCAGGCAGGUGAUCUGGGGCAGGAGGAGACUGUACAGAAGUGUCUGCAGAACGGCGCUUGGGUAGAGGGGCUGUUUGAUCGCUUCGGAGAGCUAAUAAAUCAGGUGCAGCAGGCCUGCCAAUGAUUUGUCCCUGUGUGGGCUGGUUUUUAAAAGAAAACGAAAGGAUAAAAACACUAAAAGAAAAAUAAUAAUAAUAAUAAGAAGAAGAAGAUGCCUCCAGCUCAAAGUAGCAGCAGAAUGAUUGAACGAAUGAACUCCUCCUUCCGGCCGUGCAGAGAUUUCACUCGGCGACCUGUCGCUUGUCUCGUCUUGAGGACGUUGUGGGGGCUUGUGGUGUAAAAGUGACAACAGGCGAACAGUGGGACAGCGGGAAAAGUUUUACCGUCUGUGUCGCUGCUUCCCAGCAGGGAAAUCGUAACCUUAAUAACAAAGAACAAUGACUUGUCUGGGACAUCUUCACGUCAUGCUUCUCCUCGCCUUUGUAGCUUUUGUAGUUACAAGCCCACUUUUAUGGGCCUUUUUCAUAGAUUUCUAAAAAAAAAAAAAAAAUUAAAUCUUUUUUGUUUUUAGUUAAAUAUCAGAUUAUAACCAGUGAGUAUUCACCACUUAGAAAAAGCCAUUGGCAUAGUAAGUAGAGCACAGCAAAUUUAAAAAAAUAAAAUGCAGAAAUCUACAUUUAUAACGAGCUGUCAUCAAUCAUUUUGACACGUAGGCUAAAGAGUUGAUGUAAAAACACAAACAAAAAAAAGAAGUCUACACACACAUAUAUAUAUAUAUAUAUAUAACUGUAGUUGUAUACUGUUUUAUAAGCCAUCCAUUUUGUAAUGGAAUGACAACUUAUAUAUAUAUAAUGUACAUUUUGUAUAAAAAGACAGACAUGGAGGUGUAAACUGCAGCAAAAUGUAUUAACUAUAUACUGUAACUAUAUUUUGGUUUAAAGUUUUUAUGCCUCUAACACCUCUUUGCUUAUAAGAGGAGAUCCUGAGAGAAAGGUGCAGAUCCAUUUCUGCUUUUUUUUAUUAAUCAAAUAUUAUUACCAUGAUUUAUCUGAGGGUAAGAUCACGAAAAAAACAAAACACUUACACUGUCUUUAUACUCCUUUACAAACAUAGCCCACAUUUUUUGACAAAUAGAUAUAUAUUUUUCACAGAAGUAAAUAUUAUGCUCUCUUGUUAAUUAGUUUUUAAAGACACUUUUCCAUUUUUUCUUUUCUUUUUCACAGUGCUUAAAAAUUUGACUCUUUGUAAGUCCGUUACCAGUUUUAUGUAAUCAAAAGUGAUGUUUAUCUAAAGAUGCCGUUUGUAAAUAAAGAGUCGCAUGUAUUUAA